AUGUCGUCGCAAGAUAUUCAAGACUAUAUCACGAAACAAGUCUCAAUAAACAAAGAUAUUGUAACUUACCGCACUCUGAGUCGCGCUUUCUUCAUCAAUGUCAAUAUCGCAAAGAAUGAGCUUGUUAAAUUCCACGCCAGCGUUGAGGGAGAAACCUCGAGUGCAACGUAUCUCCUGAGCGGGGACCUCAAACCAUCUCUCUCCUAUGAUGACGAAGAUACUAUGGACGUCGACGACCAUGGCCUUUCAUACAAUCAAGUUGCGGAUACGGAAGAGGACAGCGAAGAACCGAUACGCACCGCGAUAAUGCUGGUGUCUGAGAGAGAUCUCGAAGACCAGACGUUGCUCUUCACCCAUAUUCACGCACAAACGAUUCAAUGCCUGUCCCCGUCGCCUGUGAACGACGGGAACGUUUUGUCCCCUUUGACUGACAACAUCCGGAAGGUCGAUAACACUCAGAAAGGGAUAGAUCACGCGAAAGCGUUGGGCAAAGUGAUGACGAAGGGCAACAAGGUCAAAGUACCGAAACCACUCGCCAAGCUCCCCGCAGUCCCAAAGCUCGGGUUCAGAGCACCUGCGAAAACAGACAUAGAGGAACCGAAGGCUAAGGGAAAGGAGAAGGCGAGGGAGAAGCAGACAGUAGUGAAGACUGAGAAAGGUGCAGAGAAAGUGAAGGUCGCUCCCAAGGCGACUGGAAAAUUAGACUUCAGCAAGGCGAAGACGAAGGAGAUGAAGGAAAAAGAAAGAGAAGAGAAGAGGUCGGAUGUGGUGAAGACGAAAGCCAAAACGGCUGCGGCGAAGGAAACGAAGAGUCACGCGCUCAAAGAGAAAGAGAAACCGCAAGUCAUGUUUUUUGGCGCGGCCGCCUCGACUUCGAACGCGUCCGUGGAUGCUGAUGGCACGAAAGCUAAGAAAGAGGUGAAGGAGGAACCAAAGAGGGGCAUCAAACGCAAGUCCCCAGCGCGCGCAGAGCCCGACCGCUCGACAUCCGACGACGAACAAGCACCGCGGACCCGAGUCGUCAAAGGCGCUAUACUGUCCGACGACGACGACGACGACAUCCCUCCGCGCAGUGUCCUAAACGCAAGGAGGAAGAGCCGGGCCUCUUCAGCAGCAUCAGCGACGUCAGUCCCGGAUUCCGAGGUGCCAAGUGAGACCGAAGGGGACGCGGGGAAUUCGGAGGCGGAGCGCGCGCUGUGGGCUAUAAUGGAUAUUGACGACGACAAGGUGGAUCGGGCACACCGUGAAGCGUUGAAGCAGGAAGAGGAAGAAGAAGAAGAAGCGCCAUUUGACGACGAUGUCGCAAUGAGCGACUCAGAUGUGCCGAAGCCGAAGCCUAGGGCGCGCAAAACCAAGAAACUCAUCCCUGUGGGCUCGAAUGGUCUCAAGAAGAAGCGCGUAAUGAAAACCGAGAAAUUUGCGGAUGAUAAGGGAUACAUGAUAACACGGGAGGUGUCCGACUACGAGUCGGUGGACGAAGCGGAGGCUCCUCCGGUCAAAGUGAAGAAAGAGUCGAAGAGCAAGGCGAAGGCGAAGGACAAGCAUGACUCGGACGACUCGAAUAAUGCGGAUGAGGAUGAUGAUGCAAAGGUGAAAUCCGAUAGCAAGGGGAAAACAAAGGCAGAGGCUAGCAAGCCCGCCCUCGAGGACGUGAAGCGCGAGGACGGGGUUGUAUCGAAGAAAGAGGCGCCGACGGUGAAGAAAGCUCCGAGUCGCAAAGGGCUGAAAGCAUCCGGUGGGAGCAAAGGGAAAACGCAGCAGAAGAGUCUUAUGACAUUCUUUGGCCCGCCGAAGUAA